CGUGAGCGUGGUUGUAUGUCUGUCAGUCUCUCAGUGUUGUCGUAGCCGGCGCGUUGGUGGCAUCUCUGCUCCACAGACUCUGGUCUGAUCCGACCACGCGCUAUCCCGGUAUAAAUAUCUCAAAAUUUUCGAGUUCAAAUAUUGUGAACAAUUACUGAUGAGAAAUCGCUUGGGCUGAAAAAAGACCGUGCGGCAUUUCCUUAUCAAUUGUCUUGGCUGCUAUUAUUCGUAAUGGUUUUACAGUGUAUGAAAGUGUAAGCAUAACUCCUGGCUCUAGGGCCAAUGUCUUGAGGUUAGGAACCUCCUAAGAAAAAAAGUGUCGUGAAAUCGAGGACAAUUUAUAGUGAUUCUGUGAAUGAAAAUGUCGAUGCCUCCAUCGCCUACAGCGUUCGGAACCACGGCGCCAACGUCCGUGAGUUCAACUAACAACACCAACAGCGAAUCUUCAACUCCAACUCCUUCCAACUCUCACAACUCCACAAGUGUCAACCACACGUCAAGUUCAGGUGAGGGGAACCAGCAGUUCUGUCUGCGUUGGAACAACUUCAGAAGCAAUCUCCAGCAAACGUUCCUGAACCUUUUCGAGAAGCAAUCCUUCGUCGACGUAACCAUUUCUUGUGAUGAGAAGAGCAUCCAGGCUCACCGGAUGGUUCUGUCUGCAUGUUCUCCUUACUUUCAAACCAUCCUGAAGGAAUCUGAUUGUUCGCAUCCUGUCAUAAUCCUUCAAGGAGUGAAAUGGUGCGAGUUGAAAGCCGUAGUGGAUUUUAUGUACAAGGGGGAAAUUAACGUGUCACAGGAUGAACUUGCAGGACUCCUAAGGGUUGCUGAGUCCCUCAAAGUGAGGGGACUUACGGAAGUGUGUGACGGGGAUGAACCAGAGGCCACAACGAUAUCCACGUCCCCAGCACCAAGACCCAGGGUCGGGGAAGAGGCCCCUAGAAAACGACGAAGGUACAGCGGAGAUGACACGCACAUAAAUCAUGCCCGAAGUCGGUCUCCAUCUCCCGACAUCGCUUCACCCCCCAUGGCCAUGGACUUCCUUGACACGACUCUGGACCCGAUAUUUUCCCAGGCAAACUUCAAUCGUUCGUCAGCAUCGAGCCAGAAUUCAUCUCACGGUAACGGAAACCAUCAUGGUGCUAAUGUUAAUUCCCCAGCAUCGUUAGCAUCAAGUUUGUCAAGUUUGGCCGCGCAUUUACCAGGAGGAAUGCCACCGCCUGGUCAUUCUUUAGCACAUUUACCUCCUCAUCUCGCUCAUCUGCCACCUCUUAGUCCGCUCUCACCGCUGCUCAACAUGCAUCACCCCGCCAUGGCUAGACCUCAUCAGACCCCUGAAGAUUUCGAAAUUCGACCUGGUAUUGCUGAAAUGAUCCGCGAGGAAGAAAGGAGACGCCGAGAGCUGCCCGAUAUGGUAAGGCGUCAGUCCGUCUUGCCAGGGGCUCCGCACCUGCCCAAUCCCGCGAAACUGCUGGAGUCGUCGCACCACUGGAUGGGAACGUCCAUGGCAGACUCGUACCAAGCGCAAGUGCAGGCAGCGUGGCAGAAAUCCUGGAAUCAGACGCAGUCUUUACUGCAGAACCUGCGCUUCAGAGAGCGGGGACCCCUCAAGUCCUGGCGCCCCGAAACUAUGGCUGAUGCCAUCCACGCGGUCCUCAAAGAAGGCCUUUCUCUUUCACAGGCCGCCCGCAAGUACGACAUACCGUACCCGACUUUCGUGCUGUACGCAAACCGAGUCCACAACCUCCUGGGACCCUCUGCGGAACCUGGGGAUCUUCGUCCCAAAGGGCGAGGCCGGCCCCAGAGGAUCCUGCUAGGAUCCUGGCCUGAGGAACAGAUCAAGGUUGUGAUCCGCGCCGUGGUCUUCAGGGACACUAGCGUCUUCAAGGAUGAGGAGCGCAAGGCCAGGAUGGAGAACAAACAUAAACCAGUUAUCAAGCAAGAACAACGUCCUGCUUCUAACCCUGAGGGCUCCAUAACCACCACGAGCCCCGAUGGCACCAGCCUCGCUUACAAGCCUGGCACUCCGAACUCGACUGGCACUCCCGACACAACUCGCUCGUCUUCAUCUACUCCUGGAACUUCUCUUGGCGGCCCCUCGAUAGCGGUAACUCUGCCACACGCACUGGGCCAGAUGACGAGAACUGCCACACCUCAGGGUCCGGCUGGAAUGCCUUCAAUGGGCGCCGAUGCUCCUUUCCAAGAUCCCAGCACUGAAACUCAUCCAUCCUCAAUGCAGCAUUCCCCACAACAAUCCCCAGCAGUGUCCACCCCACUUCCUCCUCUGUCGUCUCCGGGCACCCCCGAGGUAGCUGUAUCUGUGCCCUCUUCCUCACCACCGCAGGUUUCACGGUCCCCGAUUGUGGGUGGCAUUGCGGUCAAGAACGAAGGAAUGCAGGAACCUAACACGUCGAUCAGUCCUAGUCGUCAGUCACCCAUUUCAACCUCUCCGCCUCGGCACAGCCCAUCCUCUUUUAAGUCCACUCAUACCCAUUCUAAUAACGGUCCCACCAUUAACGGAAAUUCACCAAAUACUAACGGACCGAUGAUCUCGCAAUCUCAGAUGCCCUUCCCACCGCAUAUGCUGCAGCAGCAAAUAAUGGGAAGCAUGUUACAGGGAUCCAUGCCUCCGAACAUGCCUCCGCCUCCUCCCCCAAAUCAUGCUCGUCCCAACAUGCCCCCCACAGCUUUCCCCGGCUACAUGAGGAUGCCCAUGCCUCCACAUGCCCCGCGUAGCAUGCAGCAUGAGGAAUCGCCCGAAGCUUUGCUGUUUAAUAAAAUUGUUGGAGGUUCACAAUUUCCUCCCAUGAAUCUGAGGCCAUAUUUCCAUCCUGAUGCCGCUGUUGCUCAUGGAUCACGCAAUCCUAAUGCGAUGUUUCACCGAGAUCCCUCUUUGGAUAGCAUCAAAUCGGAACCUGAACCCAUCCUCAAUUAAAUAAAUGUCUAAUAUCAUGGGCAAUCACCCUUUCACAAGUUUAUCUAAUGCUAAAUGCUACGAGUGUAAAAAAAUACCUCAUUUCUUCUUAUCAGCGCAAAUUGUGUUUUCCUUUCUAUUUUUUUCGCAAAGACUCGUACUGUAAGUGUUUCAGCUCUGUUGAUCCAGUUUAGAAAGGCAUUUGCUGCAUCUUUCUAGCCUCUGAGGCAUUUGUAGUGUGGUUUGCACCUCUGAUGAUCUGGCAAUUUCAUUCUUCUGCUGACGAAUGGUUCGCAGGAAGAUGUUUUUCUCUGUGGUAUAUACGUGAAGUCCCACCAAGUUAGUCAAAACUGACAGGUCUCUUCGAUGGCCAGUAUUCAACAGAUAAUUACAUUUUGUUCUGCCUACCAUUUUAUGCAGAAUUGUUGUUAAAAGCAUUCAGUUUCACAACGGACAUGACGAGUGGUGAUCGCAGAUAAUAGCUGGCCUCCGACACGUUCUUCGAGGACAAGAGAUUGUUUUGUAAAUAAUGUAUGAGUUAAUUUCUAAAAUAACAUCUCAUUAUUUACAAAUGUAAGUCAUGGAAGUGGCUUUUUUGUUCAGAAAAUCGGACGUAUUUAUUGUAGGCCUGCAUACUAUUUGCAUUUACAUGGGCAUUCGUUUUUUUGUUUAUUUCAACGUAAAUCGUUACUUCAAAUUAUUUUGCCGAAUCACCCAAGACUGCCUUGUAUUUUCUGUGGGUCACGAUCCUAAGGAAUCGAGUGCGUUUCGUUGGGAUGUGUAUUUAUUUUUUCCCAAAAAUGUUACUUAACAUUUAGUAGCUAUUUCUAAUCCUGGUUUCUACUUCGUUUGGAAUUCACCGGGUUAAAAUACGGAUGUCGAAUAGUCGCAACCCAAGUGUUGAAAUACUUCUAAUUUAUUUCUAAUGCACCAUGUAGUAGUGUAAAUAUUGUUCGCAUGUUACUAUAUGGAGAGUGAAUUUUAUCCGAAUCUGCUCUCUAAAUUCCUAAUGAGAUAUUCCAUUCUAUCGAAUUUAGUAAUCACAAAAUUUAUUUCAUGGAAAUAGGCAUUAGUACAGUAAAGGAAGGAUUGUUUUCACUGGGAAAUUAUAUAUAUACUGACAACUCAUUAUUAUUUGGGUUGCUUCAAUGCAAUACGUUUCUCAAAUUUUCCUUCACAAUAAGUAAACACAGCAGUAGCAUGGGAAAGUUAAUCUCAUUAGUAUUCAUUGUAUAAAUUGUACAAACCGUAUUGAGUGAAAGUGUGCCCUUUUGACUGAUCUCUACUUCAUGUUACCUCUUUCCUUUCUAUCCGUCAGUAAAACUGAUGGAUAAGCGCGUGCUAUUAUAUAAGCAAGUUAAACGAGAACAUUAAGGAGAAUAUGAUCACUGAUCUAUUUAUUAUAAGUUGUUAUUUUGCGUCUCCAUUACAUAAAUCUGCUCUUCAAAGAUCCUGUUUCAUCUCAGUUUAGUUAUAUUGAGAAACGAGUAAAUUGGUAGAAUUCAUGCAUCGUCAACAUACGAGUCAGAAGUCACAACAUUUUCCGGAGUAAAAUUUGCGCCUAAUUCAACUCGCAGCAUUCAAGUAUUUCCCCGGCUACAUUCAAGUAUUUCCCCGGCUAAAAUAAUAAUUGAUAAUAUGAGUUACUAAUUAUUGGCUAUCACUGUUGUUAUUUUACGUCUGCUCAUGUAUACUACUUAAGUGUAAGCAGUUGGCUUGAGUCUUAAUCAUCCUGUAAUGAAUAAUUUAUAUAGAGCGGUUGUAGAAGUGUAAAGUUUUUGCGGUCAGGGAGUUGCUGCAAGAGUGCGUUUCUGUUAAUAUUAGUGUAAAUAGCAUUUAAAUCCCACAAUUAGUCUUGGCACUUGGCAUCUGAUUGUACAGAUGUAGCUCUUUGAAAAGUACAUCUUUGCGUGGUUAACAACCAGCUACAAAACUUUGGACACGUUUUGCAACUAUACCUUACCAUUUGGAUAGUGAAUGGAGGCAUAAAAAAAGAGUGGUGAUAUGAAUAGAUUAAUAUAGAGUUUCUACUCUUCUGUUAGGCCUGUUCCGUUCGCCUAUGAUCUUCUUCUGAAGUUCUCUUUUAAAUUAUAUUAACUGCUGAAGAUUUGAACUCAGUGAUGAAGGUUUUCAGCACUUACAAAAUUUUUGUUCAUCUGGGUUUCCAAUUGCCAUGUUGUCUAUCAUGAAUCACAAAGCUUUGCCCAACUUCUAUGGGUUCUAUCUUCUCCACUAAAUUUCGAUCAUCAUAUCUCUAGUUUAUAUACAUUACUGACGCUGCUCACAUUCAAAAUGGAAUAUUUGAUGAAUGUUAUACUUUGAUUAUGAGUUGGUCUCUACUCGUUGACAUGAUUAUUUUGACAAACGAUUGGUGGUCAAUUGAUGACCUUAUCACCUGACAAAUAAUGUUUGGAAUUUAUGAAUACGCUGGAAAUUAUAUUGUUAAAAGUUAGCUGCUUUACCGCUUAGCGCUGAAAAAUAAACGGAAGAUAAUCAAAAUAUACCAAUUCCAGUUUCCAACUUCAUUGUACUAAGGUACUUUCUGUGUAAAAAUGUUGUUUUUAUGUGUAAAUACAGUAUAUGCUGAAUAAAUAGCCAUACUCUAUAUAAUGCAGGGAACUUGACAUCUGUUAGAUGAUGUUUAGUGCAAAUAUUACAGACUCAUCAAUGUACAUUGUGAUCUGAGCGCAAUUGUACCGUAUGAAAAAAGGAAAAUUUACGCGCAGUUGUUUGCUAAAAAACAUCGUCGUUAAACCUGACAACUUUUUCGUACGUGGAAAUACCAAUGCCAAGAUGUUCCCAGUUAAUGGAAUUAACUAGACAAUGAAAUGAGAAUUUCACAUUUAUUUGUAUGUUGUAUUUAGUAGCUUAAAAAGCAAUGCAGGUAAACAUCUUCAUGUUGUUGCUGGAGAAGUGAUAACAUUCAUGAGGGACAAAGUUUUGAGCGAUGGUUUCCAAGAAUGUAAAGUAUAUACGGGAUCUGCAAGAAUUUCUGUCGAUUGCUUGGAUAUGAAGAAUUAAGGUUGUAGUGACUACAACUGGUGUAAUAUAACCAACCCAAUGUAAUACAUGUCUCGUUGUGGCUCCAUAUUGUUGCAUUGAUGUGUAGUGGACGUGUGCGAUGUAAUCGUUCUGUAUGGUGUCCUAUAGUGAAGUUCUUUACUCGUGUGAACAUUUUGUAACAUAAUAUCCAUAGGUUAGGGUGCGAUUUCCUCCAUGGUUUUUUUUUUCAUCACUGAUUUACUGGAGACAAAUCUGAAUAGAAGGAAGAUAAUUUCGUUGCUUGCAAUGGCUUGCUGAAUUUAAAAUUCUAGCAAUGUUAGACAACAUUGAAAUUUUUAUAUUGCUGAAAGGCUCUGAAUUGGGUUGACAAUUUAUUGUUCAGGCCUUGUAUCUUUUUCCAGUUUCACCAACACUUUCCGUUGGAACAUUCCUAUUCAUUUAUUAGAACUAGCAGGUCUUAAUUCCAACAGUCUGAACGACAAACAAGCUAUUCUUUAGUAUUCACUAACUCAGCACGAUGGGAUUUACUGUAGAAAUAACUAUGAUAAUUGAUGAUGUAAAUUGAUGAUUGAAUUAAUGUACUGUAACUUUCAGCAUUCGAUCAGCGGUUGUUUUGCAUUGUUCUUGAAGCAUUACGAUUGUGUUGCUCUGUAGAUGCCUUGAUGUUGUAGAAUAUUUAUUUCUUGAGUUACUUCUGACGAAUGGAAGAUUCUGGUAACGUAUUUUGCAAACUGAUGAUGAGUCAGCUUAUAAUUACAACGGAUGUGUAUAUGGUCUGCUUCGAGCUCGUGCCAUAUAUAGUAGACAAUGAAUGUUAUAUGAGCAGUGCAGCUUGUAUAUCGCUUUAUGUAUCAAACCUCAUUCAUUAAAACCUGGAAAACUAAACUACC